AUGUCGGCCCCAUCGCAGAUGAGCAUGUCCGCGAUCGACGAGUCCAAGGUGAUUGUGUACGGCGCCUGCUUCUGCUGCUUCAACGGCAUUCAGAUUGAGAACAUGGAGAUUGGCUGCGCCGCCAAGGAGACGCUGCUCUGUCUCUCUUGCGACUUCUGCCUCAAGAGUGGCGCUGACAAGCUCCGCUGCUUCUGCAUGGACAUCCGCUUCGAGUCGCCCAAGGUAUGCAUCAAGCAGCAGGGUCAGUGCUUCUGCCUUCACUCCGGCAUGGCCAUUCCGCCCGACUCCGAGGUGCCAGCCAUGAUUUCCGUCUGCUUCCUGGUCUGCUUCCCCAAGGUCGGCUUUUUCAAGAAGAUCUCAGAAGUCAAGGGGUAG